UCUCUCUCUCUCUCUCUCUCUCUCCCCAUGGCUACAGGAAGAGUAGCUUCUCCAACACAAUUCUUCAUAGUCCUUCUCCUAGUUCCUGGCUUAUGCUGUGUAGGUUGCAAUGCCAGGGAUGAUCAUCAUAAACAUUGUGAACCUUCGGUGUGUGGCGAAAUACGUAACAUAAGCUACCCUUUCCGACUAAAACAUGAUCCAGAGAAGUGCGGUGACUCAAGGUAUGAGUUGUCUUGUGAGAACAAUCUAACAGUAUUAUACUUGUAUGCUGGAAAAUAUUAUGUACAGGCAAUCAAUUAUAGUAACUACACAAUCCGAGUUGUGGAUGCCAAUCUUCAUAAGGAUAACUGCUCUUCAAUUCCCCAUUAUUCCUUGUCCAUGUAUAACUUCAGUGAUGGGGAUCCGUAUCUGGUUUCUCAAUUGAGAGGUACAUGGAGGGACCUUUUUCAUGACAAUUUUGAACUGUCAAAGCCUAUAAUAUUUUUGACCUGUGAAACCCUGGUGAAUUCAACUCUCUAUGUGGAUACUGCUCCUUGCAUUGGUUCUAUGAGUAGUUCCAAUUCCAAUAGGCAUUCAUAUGUUAGUGUUGGACGAAUAAAAGCUUCAGAUUUUAGGGAGUUUUGUCGCAUAGAGCUUAUGUUUAUGACAUCAUCACUGCGUACAAACGACAUGAACAUUUCCUACAUAGACAUCCACAAUGAGAUGAUCUAUGGCUUUGAACUUACAUGCGUGCAGAAGAGCUACAGCAUUAGGGACCUAAGCCAGUUUACUUGCUACAUCAACAGUGAUACCAACAAAGUUAAUUGCUUUUCUGAUUGCUACUGGGGAAACUCGAAAUCCAAUUGUGGCAUCAUGAAAUAUCUAAUAGUUUUGUCUUCGAUCCUUAUUUACAUUGCAUCCGCACUUGGAAUAAGAGCUAUACUUGGGGCUCUGUGUCUCAUUGUGCUUUUAAUCUACAAAUUCAAGAGGAGGCACUUAUCAAUGUAUGGACUCAUUGAAGAAUUCUUACAAAGUCACAACAACCUCAUGCCAAUAAGGUACUCCUACUCGGAUAUCAGGAAAAUGACCAAAGGUUUUAAGGAAAAAUUGGGUGAAGGAGGUUAUGGUUCUGUAUACAAAGGGAAGCUCCGAAGCGGUCGCCUUGUAGCAAUUAAGAUGCUGGGUAAGUCCAACACAAAUGGGCAAGAUUUUAUCAAUGAAGUUGCUACCAUUGGAAGGAUUCAUCAUGUACAUGUGGUGCAACUAAUUGGCUAUUGUGUUGAGGGAUCAAAGCGGGCUCUUGUGUACGAGUUCAUGACAAAUGGAUCUCUUGAUAAACACAUCUUUCGUAAAGAAGGACCCUCAUCCUUAAAUUACAAGAAAUCAUUUGAAAUUUCACUUGGAGUUGCUCGCGGUAUUGACUAUCUUCAUCAAGGAUGUGAGAUGCAAAUUUUUCAUUUUGACAUCAAGCCUCACAACAUUCUUCUUAACGAGGAUUUUGUUCCAAAGAUUUCUGACUUUGGGCUUGCAAGAUUAUGUCCAUUAGAUGAGAGCAGUUUAACUUUGACAGCAGCAAGAGGAACCAUUGGAUACAUAGCCCCAGAAUUGUUUUACAAAAAUAUAGGGGGUGUGUCAAGCAAAGCUGACAUCUAUAGUUUCGGAAUGUUGUUGAUGGAAAUAGCAGGCAAAAGAAAGAAUCUGAAUGCAGUUGCAGCUCAUUCAAGUCAAGUAUACUUUCCUUCAUGGGUUUAUGACCAAUUCAAUGAAGGAAAGGACAUAGACAUGGAAGAUGCCACUGAGGAGGAAAUGAAAAUAACAAAGAAGAUGCUUAUAGUGGCAUUAUGGUGUAUACAAAUGAAGCCUAGCGAGCGUCCUACUUCGAUGAGCAAAGUAGUACAGAUGCUUGAAGGAGAAACUGAAGCCCUUCAAAUGCCUCCAAAGCCUUUCCUUUAUCCACAAGACAAACCAGUGGUGGAUGAUGAAGACAAUCCAGAAACAACAUGGCCAUCGUCAACACAAUCUAAUGACGACUCUGAAGACUCAAUAAGCUUAAUUCAAAAUGCCGACAAUUAGCCUGAGUAUAUGUAUCGUAUGCCCGAGGAAAGGCUUCAUGGCCAACAUUUCAACUCUGCAGGGGCAGCAAUAAUGGUUGCUUCGUUUUUGGUAGGACGAAUCCUUCUU